UGUAUAGUUGUAUUCCUCUUUUCUAUUCCAUCCUCACCUUCAAUUCCCACUAUCCUUUAUUUCGCAUGACCUCCUCAUUCCUUACUCCUUACCUCAAAAUUUUUUAUCACCAUGUUCACCGCCACCAUCAUCAUUAAUGCCUAAUCUUAGAUGCUUCAGCCCACCCAUGGAUGUCACCGCCACCGCCACAGCCACCCGACCCACUGAUAUUGAGACUGAAACAACCACCACCACCACUACCAUCUCCACGCCACCGCACACCCACCCACCCACUAAGUCUUUGUCCUUUCCUAAUGGAGGACUCAAGCGCCACCAUUCAGGAGCAGCCCCGCUACUGCCGGUGGUUCUUGUGUCGUAUAAGGAAUGUCUCAAGAACCAUGCUGCUAGCCUAGGUGGGCACGCCUUGGACGGUUGCGGGGAGUUCAUGCCGUCGCCGACUUCCACUCCUGCCGACCCCACCUCCCUCAAGUGCGCCGCCUGCGGCUGCCACCGCAAUUUCCACCGCCGCGACCCUGAUGAACCCACCACUCAUGUCAUCGAAAUCCACCGCCACCCACUGGGGCCGCCCCGCCGGAGCUCACCCUCACCGUCCCCAUCUCCGCCGCCACCGCCCCAUCCCUCGUCAUACUACUCAUCCGCACCACAGAUGCUCCUAGCUCUCAGCAGCGGCGGUGCGGGGCCGUCCGAUGAGCACCAGAUUCAUCCCAUAACGGUGACGAGGCAGGACAACCCAAAUGGAAGAAAGCGGUUUCGCACCAAGUUCAGUCAAGAGCAGAAGGAGAAGAUGUUCUCGUUCUCUGAAAAAUUGGGGUGGAAGAUGCAGAAGAGCGAUGAGGGUUUGGUUGAAGAGUUCUGCAAUGAAGUUGGUGUUGGCAAAGGGGUGCUCAAGGUUUGGAUGCACAACAACAAGCACACUUUUGGUAAGAGAGAUAUUAGCAGCAAUAACAACGGUCAUGACACUAUAAUUAGCUUUGCCACCACCAAUGGUCUCAACAAUAUCAAUGGCGACAGCAACCACAAUGAGAAGACUUGUAGUUUUGAUGACCAUCAUCAACAAAAUCAUCUUCAUCAUCUUUCCACUAAUGGGUCUUCUUCCUCAUCUUGAUCUCAGGACACAGAAAGUACUGCUAGAGAGAGACAGAGGGGGGACAGAGGUUCUUGGUAGCUACCAGUGAUUCCUUCAGGUCCACACUUAAUGUUGUUCUGUUGAUUCAUGAUUACUAAUCACUGUUAGUGGUGGGGAAGAAGAUCUCACAUAAUAACAAUUAAAUCGGAUUAAUCUCAAUAUUCUUAAUUAAUUCUUAGUCUUAUCUUCUAAGUUGAUGAUCUUUGGCCUC